GUUUUAUACAAAGAAGUGGAUAAACGGUUGUGUUCCAUGAGACCUCAAUGGAUGUGAUAAAUCCUGUGCUCCGGCACCAGCAUCACCACCGCUACUCCUUCAAUUCCCCAAAUCAAUCAAUAUCCUCAUUACUACUACUACUCCGCAGAAAACCCACUUUCAAUUCCCCCCAGAAGUUUCUUUUUUCACCAGUUUCUUGUUCUUCAACCUCGCCGUCACCACCUUCUCCGUCGCCGGAAGUUGGUUCAGAGACAGCAGAAUCUUGCGUCAAUUUGGGCCUCACCCUCUUCUCCAAAGGACGGGUUAAAGAUGCUCUCAUCCAGUUUGAAACAGCGCUUACCUUGAACCCUAAUCCCAUGGAGGCUCAAGCUGCACUUUAUAACAAAGCAUGUUGCCAUGCUUAUAGAGGGGAGGGAAAGAAGGCUGCUGAAUGUCUUCGCACUGCUCUUAAAGAAUAUAACCUGAAAUUUGGAACCAUUCUAAACGAUCCAGAUUUGGCCUCCUUCAGAGUUUUACCUGAAUUUAAACAACUACAAGAAGAGGCUAGGCUUGGUGGGGAAGAUGUAGGAUAUGGUUUCAGAAGAGAUCUGAAGCUGAUUAGUGAGGUUCAAGCUCCAUUUCGUGGUGUUAGAAGAUUCUUCUAUGUGGCAUUUACAGCAGCUGCUGGAAUCUCAUUGUUCCUUACUUUUCCUAGACUCUUCCUUGCUAUCAAAGGUGGUGAGGGAGCUCCUGAUAUCUUAGGGACUUCCCAAAAUGUCGCCAUUAAUCUUGGAGGCAUUGUAGUUUUUGUGGCGUUGUUUCUUUGGGAUAACAAGAAAGAGGAAGAACAACUUGCUCAAAUAACCCGAGAUGAAACACUAUCAAGGUUGCCUCUGCGCCUCUCAACUAAUCGUGUGGUUGAACUUGUGCAAUUAAGAGACACCGCAAGGCCUGUUAUAUUGGCGGGAAAGAAAGAGAGUGUCACUUUGGCUAUUCAAAAGGCGGAAAGGUUCCGGAUGGAGCUCUUGAACCGAGGUGUUAUAUUGGUUCCUGUGAUUUGGGGCGAAGGAGAACUGCAAAGCGAUAAGAGAGGAUUUGGGGGUCCUAAAAAAGCAGCUGCAUCUCUUCCUUCUGUUGGGGAAGAUUUUGAGUCGCGGGCUCAGUCGAUAACUGCAAAAACAAAAUUGAAGUCUGAGAUCCGAUUCAAGGCGGAGGUUGUGGCACCUGGGGAGUGGGAAAGGUGGAUAAAGGAGCAACAAAAAUCAGAGGGAGUUACUCCCGGUGAGGAUGUAUAUAUUAUACUACGUCUAGAUGGUCGUGUUCGAAGAUCAGGGAGGGGGUUGCCUGAUUGGAACCAAAUUGUGAAAGAGCUGCCAGCAAUGGAAGACUUAUUAAGCAAACUAGAAAGAUAACACAACACAAUGGUUCAUUUCUAUGCCUUUUGCCAACUUUUAUUUUUAUAUGUCAUGUCACAGUUAUUAUAAUAAUAUCACACGAAUACAAGGGGGAACUUGAACUUGAACUUAUAUAUGUAGUUUUAAAUUCUACUUUGGAAUCUUGAUAUAUCCCAGACCCAGUUGCAAAGUAGUUUCAUGG